GUCGCUGGAGUGAAAGGCAAACACCCUACGCAUUGCGGAUCGCUACAAUAUGUUGGUGUUGUGCACUAGUUGAUGUGCGUAAUAGCCAUGCGUAAAAGGGAGAGUGAGAGACUUGUGCGCCUGGCGCACAUAAAAUAAAAGGACCCGCCUGCUUGUACUCUGCUGCUGCUCAGAAAAAAAUAUUUUAUCCCUCAGCGUAGUGGAUAACCCUCAUCAGUAAUGCUUCACGCUUCAACCUCGUAACCUCGUUGUUUAAUCUUUAUUGGGCGGUGAAUUUGCAGGAUAUACCGGGAAAGAGCGCCAUCCUGAAGAUAUGGAAAUAAAGAUUACCAGUGGAGAUGAUUUUGAUUAGUUGUGAUAAUUUACUAAACUAUAAUCUGAAGUACUUUCGCAUUUUACUGGCAUUAACCCUUCUAGUCAACCACAGAAAUAGUGCGUAGAAAUAGGGCAUGUUACCAGUCCCUAUACCGGCUGGGAGUUGAAUCGGUGCACACGUUUUUUUUCUCUGAUCAAAUACUGUACUUUACAUCAAUCAGGCGAGAUGAAGCUGUCCUUUAGUUAUCUGGUGAUCACCGCUGGCAUCUUCGGUAUCCUCAGUUUUGCGUUCCUGGCUACGGCGAUCGGGAGCGACUACUGGUACAUUAUUAAGGUGAACAGAACCAACCGGACCGAUACAGACGUUUCGGAUUCCCAUUCCGGACUGUGGAUAACUUAUGAAGGUCAGAAGGUGUAUUCUUACACAUUUAACUCCCCCAACUACUCUGAACCUGAGAUGCACAUGUUGAACAUGCACAGUGCGAUUGUGGUCCUAUUGCCUCUAAGCCUGGUCCUGCUGGUGUUCGGAGGCAUCUGUGGAUUGAUCAGUUCCCUGGCCCGGAGCCCCGCCCUCCUCACUGGCACCGCCUCCUAUCUCAUCCUCUGCAGUGUUCUGACCCUCUCUGGUGUCAGCCUGUACAUCAGUUACUCCCAACAAGCGCUGGCUGAGACUGAGAGGCUGGUGGGGGCUGAGCGUUUGGCCCAGGUGGUCAGCACCUCUUUCGGCUGGUCCCUCGGCCUGGCCUGGCUCUCCUUCUGCGUGGAGGUCCUCACUGGCCUGCUGCUGCUGCUAGCUGCCCGACUAGCCACCCUGCAGCACGGACCACAAGGCCACGGCUGGCCUCUCCAUGUUGUAACCUAACCCAAGAGGCAGAUGUCACAAGAACUGGAUAACCAACUGGUCCAGAACUGUACCUUUAAUUUUAUAAUUGUUUGUAUGUGCUCGUGUCUGGCACCACAAAUUAAGUUCCCUCUGGAAAAAUUGUUGUGUAAGUAUUUUUUUUUCAUCCAAAAUGCAAUGUGGUUUAGUCUAUGGGCAAAACAGUUGAGAUUUAGUGCCAUCUUUUGGUGUGAUAAGUCACUACAUUUCAAUUGACAAAUGCCCUAAAAUACCAAAUUGUAUUAUUGUGGUCCUAUAGGAUGAGAAAUUAAAUGUACUAAAACUACGGGCCUCAGCCACAAGUCACUCUGAAUGGCUGUUAGUGGUCAAGGGGUUUCAUUUUAGAACAUGGGCAAGUGAAGGGCUAUAGGAAAGAAGUAUGUAUCAUGAGUGGAUGCCCUCAAAGCAAAAGCCAUAGUAGAAAUGCUCAGAGCAGACUGAGGGUGCAGCUCAAGUGAAUCCUUAGCCAGAUGUAACAGUGGUAUCAGCAGAGCCUUGUCUGGCAGCAAAACAGUUCAUUCAGCCUCAUUUACUGCCUGUUUAAAAAACAUAUCUGAUAUGGCUGACUUGCAUAAACAAAGGUGGUUUCUACUGAUAAUUGAGAUGUACAAACUAUGGCAUUAGGGAGUGCUGAGUGGAUAAGAGGCAAUCUGUAACUUUGAUUAAGAAAUUAGGAGACUAAAUGAUUUGGCGUUACCUUAGAUUGUAAGCUGUCAUGGUCAAAACAUAUCGAUUCAAUGGUUGUAAAGAUGGGGAGAGGUCUGUCCGUAAUAAAGAGAAGCUCUGCUUUUUUGACACCACACUCCAAAAAUCAAGUUCUGCAGGCUCUAGUUUUGUCUAAUCUUGAUUAUUAUCCAGUCGUGUGGUCCAAUGCUGCAAGGAAAGAUCUAGUUAAGUUGCAGCUGGCCCAGAACAGAGCGGCAUAUCUUGCUCUUCAUUGUAAUCGGAGGCCUGAUAUAAAUACUAUGCAUGCCAGUCUCUCUUAGCUAAGAGUUGAAGAAAGACUGACUUCAUCACUUCUUUUUAUAAGAAACAAUGUGUUGAAAAUCCACAAUUGUUUGCAUAGUCAACAUACACACAGCUCAGACACACACUUACCCCACAGACAUGCCAUCAGGGGUCUUUUCACAGACCCCAAAUCCAUAACAAAUUUUAAAAAGCGUACAGUAUUAUAUAGAGCCAUUAUUGCAAGGAACUCUGUUCCAUCUCAUAUUGCUGAAAUAAACAGCAAACCUGGUUUAAAAAACAGAUAAAGCAACACCUCACAACACAACGCCUCUCCCCUAUUUGUCCUAGAUAGUUUGUGUGUAUACAUUGAUAUGUAGGCUACGUGCACCUUUUUUAAGAAAUGUAUGUACAGUUGAAGUCAGAAGUUUCCAUACACUUAGGUUGGAGUCAUUAAAACUUGUUUUUCAACCACUCCACAAAUUUCUUGUUAACAAACUAUAGUUUUGGCAAGUCGGUUAGGACAUCUACUUUGUGCAUGACACAAGUAAUUUUUACUGCAAUUGUUUACAGACAGAUUAUUUCACUUAUAAUUCACUGUAUCACAAUUCCAGUGGGUCAGAAGUUUACAUACACUAAGUUGACUGUGCCUUUAAAUAGCUUGGAAAAUUCCAGAAAAUGAUGUCAUGGCUUUAGAAGCUUCUGAUAGGCUAAUUGACAUCAUUUGAGUCAAUUGGAGGUGCACCUGUGGAUGUAUUUCAAGGCCUACCUUCAAACGCAGUGCCUCUUUGCUUAACAUCAUGGGAAAAUCCAAAGAAAUCAGCCAAGACCUCAGAAAAAAAAUUGUAGACCUCCACAUGACUGGUUCAUCCUUGGGAGCAAUUUCCAAACGCCUGAAGGUACCACGUUCAUCUGUACAAACAAUAGUACGCAAGUAAUAACACCAUGGGACCACGCAGCCGUCAUACCGCUCAGGAAGGAGACACGUUCUGUCUCCUAGAGAUGAACGUACUUUGGUGCGAAAAGUGCAAAUCAAUCCCAGAACAACAGCAAAGGACAUUGUGAAGAUGCUGGAGGAAACAGGUACAAAAGUAUCUAUAUCCACAGUAAAAUGAGUCCUAUAUCAACAUAACCUAAAAGGCCGCUCAGCAAGGAAGAAGCCACUGCUCCAAAACCGCCAUAAAAAAGCCAGACUAUGGUUUGCAACUGCACGUGGGGACAAAGAUUGUACUUUUUGGAGAAAUGUCCUCUGGUCUGAGGAAACAAAAAUAUAACUGUUUGGCCACAAUGACCAUUGUUAUGUUUGGAGGAAAAAGGAGGAGGCUUGCAAGCCGAAGAACACCAUCCCAACCGUGAAGCAGGAGGGACUGGUGCACUUCCCAAAAUAGAUGGCAUCAUGAGGGAGGAAAAUUAUGUGGAUAUAUUGAAGCAAUAUCUCAAGACAUCAGUCAGGAAGUUAAAGCUUGGUCGCAAAUGGGUCUUCCAAAUGGACAAUGACCCCAAGCAUACUUCCAAAGUUGUGGCAAAAUGGCUUAAGGACAACAAAGUCAAGGUAUUGGAGUGGCCAUCACAAAGCCCUGACCUCAAUCCUAUAGAAAAUUUGUGGGCAGAACUGAAAAAGCAUGUUCGAGCAAGGAGGCCUACAAACCUGACUCAGUUAUACCAACUCUGUCAGGAGGAAUAGGCCAAAAUUCACCCAACUUAUUGUGGGAAGCUUGUGGAAGGCUACCCAAAACAUUUGACCCAAGUUAAACAAUUUAAAGGCAAUGCUACCAAAUACUAAUUGAGUGUAUGUAAACGUCUGACCCACUGGGAAUGUGAUGAAAGAAAUAAAAGCUGAAAUAAAUCAUUCUCUCUACUAUUCUGACAUGUCACAUUCUUAAAAUAAAGUGGUGAUCCUAACUGACCUAAGACAGAGAAUUUUUACUAGGAUUAAAUGUCAGGAAUUGUGAAAAACUGAGUUGAAACGUAUUUGGCUAAGGUGUAUGUAAACUUCCGACUUCAACUGUAGUUCUGUCUUUGAGCUGUUCUUCUCUAUUAAUGUUCUGUCUUAUGUCAUGUUUCAUGUUUUGUGUGGACCCCAGGAAGAGUAGCAGCUGCUUUUGCAACAGCUAAUGGGGAUCCUAAUAAAAUGCCAAAUGA